AACGCGGCGGCCGCACCCUUGUCGAAAAGUCGACGCCCUCUCCCUCGUCCGCCCAUACAAAAUGGCCCUCCUUUCCGCCGCCCCCCGCGCGCUCCGGCUGCCCCGCCGGCUGCCUCUCGGGGCCGCCCUCCCCGCCCUCCGUGCGCUCGCAACUCCGGCCGCCGCGCAAAAGGUGCCCGUCUCUUUGAUCGCCGCACUCCGGAAGCAGCACCCCGUCCCCCUCGCCCAGGCCCGCGAGGCUCUCGAGCGCUCCGGCCUCGACCUCGCCGCCGCGCUAGACUAUCUCCGCACCUCCACCUCCGCCUCCGCCGAGAAAAAGGCUGCAAAGGUCUCUGGCAGAGACACGAACGAGGGGCUCAUCGCCAUCUCCCUCCUCGGCGGCAAGAGGGUAGGCAUGAUCCAUCUCGCCUGCGAAACAGACUUUGUGGCCAGAAACCAAGUCUUUUUAGACACUGCCAGGGGUGUCGCAGAGACCACCGCCUUCCUCGACGUCCCAGGCGACCAUGAGAAGCCGCAGAUCGCCUCGUCUCCCUACGCCUUCGACCCUAUCCUCGACUUCCCUACAGAAUCCCUCUUGUCCGCGCCCCUCAUCUCCCUUCCUGCCGCCGACACCGCAGACGGCUCGCUUUCCCCUCUCCCCACCUCUGAGCCUACUACCAUCAAGCAGAGCUUGCUUUCUUCCCUUGCACAGACAGGUGAGAACCUCAAGCUCCUCAGAGCAGUCUCCUUUGCUGCCCCCUUCCCUUCCACACCCGACGUCAGGUUCGUCCCCGGCGGCUACGCCCAUGGCGGCAUCACAGAUAAGGAAGGCAAGGUCGGAGGUAUCGUCGUCCUUUCUGUGACCAGUGCCGAUCCUGAAAAACCCAUCGCUUCCAUCAUCCACGGCCCUGGAGGCGAUGACCUCGAAAAGGCCGCCGAGUCCCUGGCGCGAACAGUUGCCAGGCAGGUCGUCGGUUUCCCCACAAAAGUUAUUGACAGGGGCGAUAGGGCGGUAGACGACGAAGAAGUUUUGAUGGAACAGCCCUUCAUGAUGUUCAAUGGCGAUUCUAGAAGUGUAAAGGAUGUUUUGGCUGAAUGGGGCAAGGAAAGGGGCGUCGUGCUCAGAGUCGUUGGCAUGAGGAGAUGGGCAGUUGGAGACGAAAUCGAGAUCAAGGAAAAGGAGACAGAUGCUUAGCUGUAUAAGAGUAUCAUAUGCAUAAUAGCAACACACACAAGGAUAUAACCAAAAUCUAGAUGCAUCAUUCAUCACUGCUCUUUUCCUAUCCGUCGUCCAUCACGCUUUUUUUCUUCCCCUGAUACCAUUGUCGAUGCUCCACUGUCCACCACCGUCUCCUCACUUCCCUUUCUCUUCUUUGCCCGUUUCGCUUUUUUACUCUCCACCCACGCCUUUGCCUCGGCCUUUUUCACAGCGUCGUCGCUCCGGUUCAACGUCACUUUUUUAAUUAAGAAGAUCGUUAUCGGUAUACAAAUCCCCACGCAGGGCGCACAAAACCAAAAGACUUCAUUGAUGCCCCGCGCUACGUUCAGGUCGCCGCCCUCCCUGUCAGCAUUACCUUGCCCAUAUUCAUAUACAUCCCUCCGAACCGGCACUCACCAUAGGCAUCCGUCACAGCACUCAAUUCUGACGCAGACAGACCCAAGCUCGUCGCCCGAGUAGGAUCUUCCAGAAUCGCCUUGUACGCCGUCCCCGGCAAAACCCCAGAAAGGUUCCGUCUCACACAAUUAUUCACAAUCGAGUUGCACGCCGCGAGCGCAAUUGUCCCACCCAACUGUCGAAGAAAAUUUCGAAGACCCGUCGCAGUUGCCAUGUCUUUCCUCUCCACACCCGCUUGGAUAGCCACCAAACUCGUCUGGAAGGUCUGACCGGCACCGAUGCCGACAAUAAUCUGGUAACCCGACAGUUUGGCAAUACUCGUCGUAGAAGUAAUGGACGAUAUCAGACCGAGACCGAUCGUCCAGAUGGUGUACCCUACAACGAGGUUCCACCAGUAGUCACCCGUUUUGGAUUGGAUUAUACCACUGGUGAAUGAGGUGACUGUUUGAACCAGCAUGAGCGGUAGGGUCAAAACACCCGACCUGAUUGCAGACGCCCCUCGGACAAUCUGAAAGUAUUGCGGAAGGUACUGUAAACGUCCGAUAUUAGUCACUUGUUUUGAAUGCGUCGAACAACAAGGCCCCCCCCAAAAAAGGGAAUACACUCACAUACAGCGUGGCGUAAAAGCUCAAUCCAUUCAUAAACGUG